AUGGCGCCUCGCGGCUUCACAAACCCAGCUCCAAAGACAGACUCAGCCCGCUCGGCCCUAAACUCAUUUACAUGCACCCUCUGCAACAAAUCCUACUCCCGCCACCCCGAAUACGAAGCUCACAUUGGCUCCUACGACCAUCAACAUCGCAAACGUCUCCAGGACCUCAAACAACUCUCUCGAGAUCCCAAUGCGGCUGAACGAGCGCGCAAGGCAGAACGGAAGGCAGAUGCGGAGGCGGGGUUGGUGAGGGUUGAUCCUGGUAACUCUUCUACGUCUGCUACGACGGUGACGGGGUCGACGGCGGGAGGGGGAGGGUUCAAGAAAGGCGGAUUCAAGAGCUCGUUUACAACUGUCAAGGGACCCGCAGCGUCUGCGAUGAGUACGGCGGCGCCGGUGCGGAAGAAUGUUCUUGGUGGUGAUGACGAUGAUGAUGUUGGUGAUGUGAUCGACAACACGAAUAAACCAAAUGUAUCCGGACCGUCCAUAACGACGAACGGGUCAGAUUCGAGAAAGCUUGGCACAGAUGUUGAGAGUGAUACAGAUGAUGAAUAUAGGAAUGGCGAUGCGGAGCAGGCUUAUUAUGAUCCCUUGAAACCAACUGGGUGUUUUGACGGAUGUUCUGGCGUGAAGGCUGUUUCUGCAGUAUGA